AUGUAUGUCCUUCCAAUAGGUGUUCUUGGAUUGGGUAAAGGCAAGAAAAAGGCUGGUAAGCUGAGUACUAUGGAAAAAAAGGAGUUGCCAGUAGAAACAGAUCCAGAAAAACUAGUUAAUUAUGUUUGUGGCUCCAAUAUAUAUGUUACCGGGGAAGAUGUACAGAUAAAACCAGACAGUGAAUAUCCUGAGUGGCUUUGGAGUUUGAACACUGGUAAAGCACCUCGCAUUGAAGAUUUGGAUCCAAAUACAAAGCAGUACUGGUUGAGAGUUCGUACGGAGGGUAUGAGACGAAACAAUCGUCUUCGAUCUAUGAGAAAGUUCUAG